AUGUCGCUUCGGGGCGAAUCUAUUCAUAAAGAUGUAUGCUGCAUCGCUGACCUGAAGGAACUGGGGAAGCAAACGGCUCUCUCCCAUGGUCCGAGUCUGCGCGAAAACGAAGCCGCUUUCGACCGCUACAAGAUCCGACCACGAAUCUUAGCCAACGUCGAAAAAAUCGACACAAGCACAGAGGUUCUCGACCCCGAGGUCAAUCUUUCUUUCGGCUUCAGCCUGGCCGCCUCGCAUAAAUUAGCACACCCCGACGGAGAACUGGCGACAUCCCGGGCAGCAGCCAAAUUCGGAAUUUGCAUGGGUUCGUCAUCCUAUGCGACAUACCCUGUAGAAGAGGUUGCCGCGCAAGGUGCGGGGUACAAGGCGCUUUUCCUAUCAGUGGAUGCACCCGUGCUGGGCAAGCGACUGAACGAGUACCGCAAUGAAUUUCGCAUCCCGGAGGACAUGGAGUAUCCCGACAUUCUGAGCAGCGGUACUGACGUCUUAGAUCGCACUGACUACGGUAAUAUUGCCUUGUUGAAAUUUUGUGGAUCACGAUUGACCCCUUUAGACCCUAUUUGUUCCCCUGAGGACGUUGAGCUUGCGAUUCGGUACAAGAUCGACGGGAUCGUGGUUUCAAACCAUGGCGGUCGUCAACUUGAUGGCGUUCCGUCAACGCUUGAUGCGCUGAGAGUAUGCGCUCCUAUUGCCAACGGACGAAUACCCAUCACUAUUGAUGGUGGUAUUCGUCGCGGGUCGGAUGUGUUCAAAGCGUUAGCUCUUGGGGCUAGCUAUUGCUUCUUGGGGAGAAUUCCCAUCUGGAGCCUAGCUGUGCUGUUUUUCUUUCCGUGUUUAUUUUGGGCUCCUGCUGACUUUGCAUAA